AUGCCAAAGGGCACAGAUCAAUCUGAAUUUGAACCGGGUGGCGAUGGUGACGACGAUGAGGGCGAUUGCGAAGUGGAGAAGGGAGGAACAGGUGGCGGAGUGGGGGCUGCUGCUGCUGCUGCUGCUGGUAUUGUGGAGGAGGAGGAGGAGGAGGAGGAGGAGGAGGAGGAGGAGGAGGAGGAGGAGGAGGAGGAGGAGGAGGAGGAUGGGGGAGAGGAGAAGAGGUGGGUGAGAUCGAAGGCAGUGGGGGUGUGUGGCCAGCGCAAGCCCCCCCUCGACGCCGUGUCGAUGAUUGCUGUCGAUGCUAUGAGCUCACACGCAGACCGAGUGGCAUCCUGA